CUUUUUUUAUUUUGGUUAACGCCCUGUACCUCGUUUCUUAGGGGCGAACGGAAACUCCCGUGUGCACCUUUCUAGGGGUCAAAGCGCCCAACGGUCUAGAAACCAUGGGGAUCCCAGAAGCUGAGUGGCUACCCAAAGUAUUCAGAACUGUGAACAGAACUGUGAACAGUUCUGUAAACAGGGAACAAUCGCUGUCAAAGGAAUCGAGACCUGAAGGGUCACAUCGAAGAAUUAGGAUCGCAUAGUCGAUUCAAACCAAGCAUCACCUUCUUGAAACGCGACUCUACUCGCCGACGCGGUAAAGGGCGCAUGCAGCUCCAAACGCCAUUGCUCGAAUUACAAACAGCGCCGUCAAAUACUGACGCGGCUGCCACCCGCAUUGUGCUAUGCCAACAGCCGUUCAGGACAUUGCUGUCUGAACUACAAAGGCUGGAAAGGCUGGUACUGCUGGCUCCGACGAUGAAUGGAUUGCGAUGACAAGUUCCUGCCCAACGAUCAUCAUCAACACGUUCGAACUACUCGGACAUAAACCGCAGCGCUUCACCUGCCGCCUGCACCACGAAUGAAGGAGGGGCAUUCCCAAACGACCUUAUUCUGAACGACGUUCCUACAUAUUAUACUGCUGGCAACAGCCCGAGCUCACUUCUCAUACCGUCUCACGGUUCUGGAUCUCCAUAUCCUAGCCUCAGCGCCUCGAGCUCUAUCUACCCUCCCGGCGUAGGACGACGAACUCGGGCGCUUACAGCCGAGACAGCACCUCCUCCUAAUACCAUCCAGCAACAGCAACUCAUAUCGACCAGCGACGCGGGCAGGACAGAGCAUGCCAAUGUAUCAACCAGGGCAGCGUCAUGGGCCAGGCUCAAGCGCGCCGGGAGGGUAUGUCCCCCCGCCGCCACCACCCUUACAAUCACCACCCAUCCAGCAAACCCAUAUGAUGACGCUUCCGCCGCCACCACCCAGGCCUGGACCAGGACAGCCACAACAGCACCCAAACGGAAUGAUGCUGCCUCCACCACCCCCGCAUCCUGGAAGUGCCCAUCCUAUGCAGGGUGGCUGGCAGAACUCCUGGGGUCGUGCCUAUGAUGCUCGACAAUAUCCCGGCCCGCCCCCACUACAAGCAUCGGCCAAUAACCAGUACCAAACAUACAAUCCGAGCCAACAGUAUCCGAUGAACAUGGCCGCACCUCUGACCAGACUUCAGACACAACAGGCAAAUGAAACUCAGAUGUCAGCAACCUAUACUCCACACGCGGGCGAGUUGUCGUUUGGUGUUGGCGUCGGAAUCCCUGGUUUCGGCAGUGCCGACGGCUCAGAGUUCUCUGCUGUAUCAGAAUCCUCGCGAGGUUCGAGCCGGACUGCGACAGAAAGUGGCCUAACGACACCCAUGGAUGAAGGGCCAAGCAGCUUCUACAACGACCGCGAGAGACUGUAUCAGACACAAACGUCCACAAUCAGGCAAAAUAACACACACGUGCCUGGUCAAGAGUAUGGCUCCAGACCGACAACAGCAACGCCAAGCAAUCCUAUAACUCAAUCAGGGGAUUUAACAGCCGAGCCUGGCAACAUGAACAAUACCAAUGCCCCGGCUCUGACACAGGCGCAAAUUGAGCUUGCUGCCCAAUGGCCGUUGGAACGUGUCUUAUUGUGGCUAGCUAAGAACCACUUCUCUGCAGACUGGCAAGAGACAUUUAAGGCGUUGGAAGUGCACGGCUCUGCGUUCCUUGAACUGGGUACUGGGCACGGCAAACGUGCUAAUUUCGGUAUGAUGCACCAGCAGGUCUACCCUCGACUGGCAAAGCAAUGCUCAUCCAGUGGAACAGGCUGGGACCAGUCUCGGGAACGAGAAGAGGGCAAACGGAUGCGCAAAUUGAUACGCGAGAUUACCACCGGAAAACCUGCUGGUAGAUCUUCGCACGGCCGACGAGAAUCAAACUCUGCAAAUUCCUUCAACGCUUGUGUAGAUCACACCCAAGGGUCUUCUCCAAACAUGACGCGGGAAAGCUACGUGACAACUCCCAGCACAGCUAACCCCGACGACGAGAGCCCUGAUAAGCAGUCCAUGUUCAAUGCGCCGAGCCCAGGGGUCGGAAAGCGCAUCACUUCUCAGAAUCGAAGCACAACUCUUCCCAAUUAUACGGGCUCUUCAUACCAAUCGAACGAUAGCCCCACCGAUAGCCGUGGCCAUCGGAAUAUGUUGAAGUCACUUGAUGGCAGUGAUCCCUCUCGGAGACACAGCCCUAAUGCGAGCGCUGACAUGUCAGAUAGCGGGCAUUUUAUGGGACCUGCAUUACGCACGGAAGGCAGCCCAAAAAGCGGGAGCCCAGGGCAAUCGUUUGCGACGUAUGUACCCACAUUUCAAGGGAAGCUUUCUGCUUCGCCGCAUAGUACAACAUUUGGGCACCGCGCUAGCAAUAGCACAGACUCCGUCUCCUCAAGCACAGCAAUAUACGGGUCAGGAAUCUCUCCAGCAAUUAGCCAGGCCUUCAGAUCUGGAAUGGCAGGAGCAGGUGGUGAAGCAGGGUUUGCUGCUGGCCACCGCCGCUAUGGACAGGAAGGAACACGCCCGUCGCCGCUCGAGUCGGAAUUUGGAUCUUACAAAUCUGAAGCACCCACUUCGGCCAAAGAAUCGAAAAGCUUCCUCAAGUAUUUGCGAAAGAAGCCCAAGCCGAAGGAAGAGGGCUUACUUCCUUCACCUGACGAUAACCACUUUGACUCUCCAACAAGCCCCUCUCUUAGCUUCAGAGCCCCACAAUAUGGCCAGAACGCGAAGGCAGCGGCUAGCGAAACAUCUCUUGAUAGACAGGCAUCGAGCUAUUCUGCCUUGGAGCACGAUAAAUUCUCACACACAACGUACCGCGGAAAGCGCCCAAACCCGGCCUCAAGACUUUUUGUCCUUGUAACCUUGGACGGGUUGAACUAUCGACUUUGCGAUGUCACUGAUGCUGACUCUGCUCAUGAUAUUCGAGUGAUUUUAUGCCACACGCUUGGGAUUCAGGAUAUUGCCCACACCCUAAUGUAUCCGACAGAGCUGGGGAAAAUAGACCACGAGGAGGCAUUGGAUGACAGUAAAUUGAUUGUAAACAAAAAGAUGAGAGCGGAUGCAUUUGGAGGAUUGAAGAUACUCCUGCGCGCCCCACCCGCUUCAGCCACGCACUUGCGACCACCUGAUUCUGCUGGUCUGAGUUCGAACUUCCCACAGGAAGCAGGACACCAUGGCCGCUCAUAUAAUGACGAUGAAUUUAAUCAGAUAAAUGGAGAAAGACGCCGAUCAAACUCAUCGCCUCCUCAUAACCGCAAGGCCGAAGUCGACAAGAAGAACCACGCCUUCCAGACUAAGAAGAAGACAACCAAGGAAUUCUCAUUUGAGGAGGAUCCAACGCAAGAACGUAGCCCAGGCAUUGUAGGCACGAGGAAUGUUGACUUCGACAAGCCAAGAGGCUCGCCCUUCGAAGACAAAAAGGUGGACAACCUCUACCCACAGAGAAAACCGCCUCCUCCGCCUGGAGAGUCAGCUACAUUGAUCAAGGCAAACUCACUGAGCAAGAAGACUGCCCAAUCUGCUGGGUUUAUAGGGCCUGUAAAUGUUGAGGUUCGACCGGCAACGUCAGCUGGAUGCACUCAGACUUUCCCUCAGGAUACUGGACGAAACAGAAAGGCAUCCCCUGGUGGCGGCAUUGGAGCAGCUCUUGCUGGCAUGGGCAAUCAUCUGCUCCACGUCGGCCAACCAAGUCCAGGUGCAAAUACCACCGAUGACAAACCUAAAUCAUCAAUGUCAACGGUUGAGUUUGGCCCUUCGGCGUCAGGUCGGAGCAGCCCAAGGUCAUCGAGUGGGACACCAGGCAGCUUGACAUGGGGUAAGGGGGAUACGCCGUUUAUAGUUCCCGACUACAAGCUUGAAGAGAAUCGUGGCGCACCACUGGAGGGUCAAAGUGCAGCUAUUGCUAAAUUUAGACAAGAAGGGCUGCGCAGAGGGGUUUCGCCAGUGGAUGUUAGCCCAAGCAGUGCUGGUACCCCUGGCGGAGGCUUGAGCCUGGUUGGAGAGCGCAAGUCUUACGGGCCCAACGUUGAUUUUACUGAGGCCCAGGUUUCCUUUGAGCGGCCCCAGCAGACGCAACAAGACGAUGAUUCUGAUGACGACUCUGACGAUGGCCUCUUCCAGAUCCUUCCCAACCGUGCUAAGGGGUCUGAUGCGAACGAUGCCACUUUGGGCACCGCUGAGGCGGAGCAACGGGAUACUGACAAACGCCCUGCCUUGAAGGUUAUCACUAGAACAAAGAGUAAAGUUAGCUUCGGCGAGAACACAUACGAACCUCCGCCAAAACACAUGAGAGAUGACGACGGCAAUACUGCUAGUGCGCGUAGCGGAAGACGGGACAAAGACGCUUGGCUUACAGCCGAACAAUUGCAGAAUCCCGAACUACGAGACGAAGUAUCUAGUUCAAGAAGCGGGAAGCGGCCGCAACGCCGCACUCCAGGCUCUGCCUUGUCUGAGAACUGGUCCGCUGCAUCUGGUGGAAUUUCUGCAGGCUCGGAGGACAUGAGCAGGAUUCUUCGUCGGGGAUCGUUUGCGAGGGAAGAUGUUUGGGCAAGCAGACCUCCCGCUGAAGCGCUGUUUAACCACCUCGACGAAUUCUUCCCUAAUCUCGAUCUGGACCAGCCUGUCCUCGAAGGAGGGCAAGGUCCAUCCCCACCGUCGUCUCCUACAAGCUCUGGUGCGCCACAGCUGGCCAUGCCUACAAACGCACCUCCGCCCAUCCCUGAAGAGCACCCGGAAUCGUAUUACAAUAACGGCGAUACGCUUGGCUCUGAUGAAUCGACGCUCAAGACACUCGAUAGUCGUCGACCUCCAUCUAUCCAGAAUGUUGCGCAAAGGAACGUCGGUCGAUCUGGCGGACUUGGUAGAAUGAAGUCCAUCCGUGACGUGGCCAGAGGUGCACAUGAGGCCAACAAGCGUUUCACUCAGCCAUCCCAACAGGGCGGACAGGCACCGUCCGCCAUCCUGCGCCGCAAGAGCACCAAAAUGUUCGGCGCGAACAUCGUCCAGAUCAAACCGCAGCGAGGCAGCAUGGUUCUCCCCAGCAUCCCACAAGACACCAUCCCCAAACGCCAAGCCACCUUCCGCUGGUUUAAGGGCCAGCUAAUCGGCAAAGGAACCUACGGCCGCGUCUACCUCGGCAUGAACGCCACCACCGGCGACUUCCUCGCCGUCAAGCAAGUCGAAGUCAGCGCCAAGGCAGCCGGCAACGACAAGAACAAGAUGAAAGAGCUCGUUGCCACGCUCGACCUCGAGAUCGACACCAUGAAAGACCUCGACCACGUCAAUAUCGUGCAGUACCUCGGGUGCGAGCGCAAGGAGACGUCAAUCAGCAUCUUCCUCGAGUACAUUUCCGGUGGCAGCGUCGGGUCCUGUCUGCGCAAGCACGGGAAGUUCGAGGAACCCGUCGUUAGCUCGCUGACGCGACAGACGCUGUCGGGACUCGCGUACCUCCAUCGCGAGGGGAUCUUGCAUCGUGAUUUGAAGGCUGAUAAUAUCCUGCUCGAUCUGGAUGGAACGUGCAAGAUUAGCGAUUUUGGAAUCUCGAAGAAGACGGAUAAUAUUUAUGGAAACGACGCGUCGAAUAACAUGCAAGGCUCGGUAUUCUGGAUGGCGCCUGAGGUGGUCAGGUCGCAGGGCCAUGGGUAUAGCGCUAAAGUCGAUAUCUGGAGUUUGGGCUGUGUGGUGCUUGAGAUGUUUGCUGGGCGCAGGCCGUGGAGUAAGGAGGAGGCUGUGGGGGCGAUGUAUAAACUCGGUAGUUUGAACGAGGCGCCCCCGAUCCCGGAUGAUGUUAGUAAUGCGAUCAGCCCGUACGCUAUGGGCUUGAUGCUUGAUUGCUUUCAGAUAUCUGCGGGUGAAAGGCCUACGGCUGAUACGUUGCUGAACCAGCAUCCGUUCUGCGAGCUGGAUCCGAACUAUAAUUUCCUCGACACGACUCUGUUUUCGAAGAUCAGGGGCGCUUAUCCGUAGUUGUUCUUUUUUUGCUUUGGCGCUUUUUGCGUGUACGGAGGAGGGAAUGGUAUAUCGUACUUUGUGAUUGGAGUUGGAGCGGCGGGUAGUCCGCCGUGCGUGUGCUGUUUUGAGUGGCGUUGUUAAUGAACAGGGGAAGGGAUCCGGGUUAGGGGGACCAGGUGGGGAAUCAUUUAGCACGGCGUUGGUGCGUUUUUAUAUAUAUCUAUCUAUCUAUUUAUUGUAUCUGCCAAUGGGCCAUCUUUGGGCAACAAACAGAGUGAUGGAAAGAGGGGCACAAAAGAGCAAGCAUAUGCUGUUGUAUAUUUGGGAUAGUUACCCCGUUCGUUGGUUUUUGUGUUGUGCCUGAAUUGGGAUAUGGAUGGAGCUAGGCUGCAUGGGGAUAUGAUAUGAUGGAGAGUACAGAGUACAGAAAUAAUUCUCUGCGCAAUUAAUAUGGAAAACAUGCUGUGCGAUGAUAUGCGUCUCCUUCUCUCCCCAUCCACAGGUCUUCCCCCCAACGCCGUACUGUACAGU